CAGGAGGACGGAGGGAGGGAGGGAGAGGAGCUGCAAGUGCAGCCGAGAAAUCAUCAUAACACAGGCGUCCACAAUUAGCCCUGUCACCGUCUUCCCUCAGCUGGAAUAAGAUGUUUACCUUCAACAUGUCCACAGGAACAGAAGGAGCUGCUGUGGACAACUCGUGACCGCUUCUUCUAAAGGAGAAACGUCCUCAGUGAAGAACAGAGCCGGAUCACACCCUGUCCUCACCUUUACACCCCGCAGAGACCGAGCCCGUGAACCCGGAGGCCACCAGCAUGCCCGUCGACAAUCCAGAGAGCAUAUUGAGCUACCAGAGGCCGGAUGAGGAGGUGGUGGUGGACCAGGGAGGUACGAGCUCUGUGCUGAACAUCCACUACGAGAAUGAGGAAAUAGAAAGACACAGGACUCUGUUUGUGGGGGUGCGGAUGCCCAAGCAGAGCCAUCGUCACCACAAGACCCAUGGAUCCCGCCACCGAAGGAGAGAAAGACGGGCAGGAAGUAGCUCAACACAGCAAAGGGAGGGAUCUGAUUCACCCCCGUCCAGCCAUGACACGCCGUCCCAGCGGGUCCAGUUCAUCCUGGGCACAGAGGAAGACGCUGAACAUGUGUCUCACGAACUGUUCACCGAGCUGGAUGAGAUCUGUGUGAGGGAUGGCAAGGACGCUGAGUGGAAGGAAACAGCCAGGUGGCUGAAGUUCGAGGAAGACGUGGAGGACGGCGGCGAGAGGUGGAGCAAGCCCUAUGUUGCGACUCUCUCCCUCCACAGCCUGUUUGAGCUCCGCAGUUGCCUCAUCAACGGCACCGUGUUGCUUGACAUGCACGCCGACUGCAUCGAGGAGAUUGCCGACAUGGUGCUGGACCACCAGGAGGCGUCCCACAAACUGGACGAAAGCGUUAGAAUAAAGGUGCGUGAGGCUCUGCUGAAGAGACACCACCACCAGAACGAGAAGAAGAAGAACCUGAUUCCUAUCGUUCGCUCCAUCACAGAGGGAACCCGCAAACAUUCAGAGCCCCAUCUGACAGGCUCGUCUCCACAGCCUCCUCCAGCUACAGAACCAGCUAAGAACAGUGCUGGACACGACAGCGCUCAACCGGUCGACCUCAGCAAGGUGGACAUGCACUUCAUGAAGAAGAUCCCCGAGGGGGCAGAGGCCUCCAAUGUGUUGGUGGGAGAGCUGGACUUCCUCGAGAGGCCCAUCGUGGCCUUUGUCCGCCUCUCUCCUGCUGUGCUGCUCACCGGCCUCACUGAGGUGCCCAUUGCUACCAGGUUCCUCUUCAUUCUCCUGGGCCCGGAUGGAAAGGCUCAGCAAUACCAUGAAAUUGGACGCUCAAUGGCGACCAUCAUGACAGACGAGAUUUUCCACGACGUAGCGUACAAGGCGAAGGACAGAGAUGACCUGCUUGCUGGGAUCGAUGAAUUCCUGGACCAGGUGACUGUCCUGCCGCCAGGAGAGUGGGACCCCUCUAUCCGCAUCGAGCCGCCUAAGAAUGUCCCCUCUCAGGAGAAGAGAAAGCUGCCAGGAGUCCCUAACGGUACAGCCUGCCAGGUAGAGGAAGAACUACAUGCAGAGCACCAUGGGCCAGAGCUGCAGAGAACUGGAAGGUUGUUUGGCGGUCUGAUCAAGGACAUCAAGAGAAAAGUUCCUUUCUACCUGAGUGACUAUAAGGAUGGACUGAACCUCCAGUGUGUGGCCUCUUUUCUCUUCCUCUACUGUGCCUGCAUGUCUCCUGUUAUCACCUUUGGAGGACUGUUAGGGGAGGCGACAGAGGGACGCAUUAGUGCAAUAGAAUCCUUACUUGGUGCAUCUAUGACUGGAGUGGCCUACUCACUGUUUGCUGGUCAGCCUCUCACCAUUCUGGGCAGCACCGGUCCGGUACUGGUGUUUGAGAAGAUCCUCUUCAAGUUCUGCAAGGACUACCAUCUGUCCUAUCUGUCACUGAGGACCUGCAUCGGCCUGUGGACGGCCCUGCUGUGCUUGGUGUUGGUUGCCACGGAUGCUAGCUCUCUGGUGUGCUACAUCACUCGGUUCACAGAGGAGGCCUUCGCCGCCCUCAUCUGCCUCAUCUUCAUCUAUGAAGCCUUGGAGAAGCUAUUCCAGCUGGGAGAAAUCUACCCAUUCAACACACACAGCGAUCUGGACAAACUCACACUGGCAUACUGUAGGUGUGCAGAACCUGAUAAUCCCAGUAAUAAGACAUUAGAUCUGUGGAGUGACAAAAACAUCACAUCGUCUGCUGUACCCUGGGCCAACCUCACUGUCACGGAGUGUAGUAAUCUGCAGGGUCACUUUGUUGGGACAGCGUGUGGCCACCAUGGCCCCUACACCCCAGAUGUUCUCUUCUGGUCCACCAUUUUGUUCUUCUCAACCUUCCUCAUGUCGGCCUUUCUCAAACAAUUCAAGACAAGUCGUUAUUUCCCCACCAAGGUGCGGUCCAUGAUCAGUGACUUUGCAGUGUUCCUCACCAUUGUCUUCAUGGUUCUGCUUGACUAUUUCAUUGGAAUACCGUCCCAGAAGCUGAAGGUGCCCAGCAAAUUCCAGCCCACCAGAGAGGAUCGAGGCUGGCUGAUUAACCCAAUAGGACGUAACCCAUGGUGGACGGUCCUGGCUGCCUCCAUUCCUGCUCUCCUUUGCACCAUCCUCAUCUUCAUGGACCAGCAGAUCACUGCUGUCAUCAUCAAUCGCAAAGAGCACAAACUACUGAAGGGCUGUGGGUACCACCUGGACCUGCUGAUUGUGGGGGUGAUGCUGGCGGUGUGCUCCAUCAUGGGCUUGCCCUGGUUCGUAGCGGCCACCGUCCUGUCCAUCUCUCACGUCAACAGCCUGAAGCUGGAGUCGGAGAGCUCGGCUCCCGGGGAGCAGCCUCGUUUCCUGGGCAUUAGAGAGCAGAGACUCACCGGCCUCCUCAUCUUCCUGCUCAUGGGCUGCUCUGUAUUCUUUACCGGAGCCCUGCAGUUCAUUCCUAUGCCAGUGUUGUAUGGUGUUUUCCUCUACAUGGGAGCCUCUUCAUUAAAAGGCAUCCAGUUCUUUGACCGCCUGAUGCUGUUCUGCAUGCCAGCGAAGCACCAGCCAGACUUCAUCUACCUGCGCCACGUCCCCCUGAGGAAGGUUCACCUGUUCACGAUCACCCAGCUCACCUGUCUGGUGCUGCUCUGGGUCAUCAAGACUUCGCCCGCUGCUAUCGUCUUCCCCAUGAUGGUGCUGGCGCUAGUUUUUGUGCGCAAACUGCUGGACUUGUGCUUCUCUAAGCGAGAGCUGAGUUACCUGGAUGAUUUAAUGCCCGAAUGGAAGAAAAAGAAUCUUGACGAUGCCUCCAAAAACAUCGACGAGGAAUCGCAGGUGAUGCUCAGUACAAAUCAGGAAAAUGCAGCUGCAGUUCCGAUUCCGAUGGAGAGCAGCAAGUCUGCCCAGACCGUAAAAGCACACGACCCCAGGUGUGACCCCUCUGACAUUAAUAUAUCCGAUGAAAUGUCUAAAACCACCGUGUGGAAAUCCCUCAACUCCAAUCAAAGGGACUCUCUCCCUGUGGCUGCUAAGAAGGAUUGAAGGGAUCACGUUCAUAGAUGAGUAAAGGAUGUCCAGAGUCCCGACAGGCUUGACUGUGUCGCUUGACUGUAGUUCUGGACAUCAGGAUGCUACUGCGAUUUGGCUGCACUGACCGUCGGCCCCUUCAGUGCUUAGAGAAGCAAGUCUCAAUGAUUUGUACCAGCUACCUGCAACACAGACAACAAACACUCAAAGAAAAGGGUGCAUUACACUUGCAUCCAGGCAGACAUUCACAUUCUUUUAGCUUUGUGAGGACUGAGUAUAUACCAAGCUAAAACCGAUACAGUCGAACAAAACAAAAAUACAAUACAAUAGCCCUGAUCAUACCUUGAUGAAGUUUCUAAUGUUCAGUUUUUGUUGAAACAGUUUCAUAAAAAGUGUCAAUUCAUUUAUAGAGGAUGUAGUUUGUGGUGCUGUUGAACUGCAUUGAGAGUAGUGUUCCUUAUAUUUUGUCUACCCUAUUUAUGUGAUGGGAACAGACCAACUACUGAAUUAGUUUUAUUUAGGUGUUGCUAAUAAACUGGCUGCGAAGCGUAUUAUGAUGAGUAUUUUAAUUUUUGGUCCUCGCAAAGAUAUAAGAGCCUGCAGGCACUCACCCACACACACACACACACACACAUGCACACAACUCAACCUCUUCCCAUUUCUCGACCUGUUCAUCAGAAACACCCAGGUUCCUCCUCUCGACUGUACAUUUAGCUGGGCUUCAUAACGGAGUGUAAAUGCUCCUUCAAAAACAAACCAGGUUCUUUUAUAAUGUAGUAGGUCUACUAGUCACCAUUUCUUAAAUCUACUAGUCUUUUUAUUUCAUGUGACAUGAGUGUGUUCUUUAUUUUUUUUAAAUAGUGAUACGGUUGGAUAUUUAGUAGAUUUUAAGAAUACAUUACAGGUUCAGUAGACGAAUCCUCAUUUGGGGGCGUAAAACUCUGUUGUCAGUAUUGUGUGAUGGUGUAAACUGAAAUCUGUAAAUGUUAGAAGACCCACUUCAGUUGAAGCAGUGGCAUCAAUAAUAAUAAUGUGGGGGUUUUUUAAGGUUCAUUUAUGGACCUUGAUUUGUCAUGUUUUAGUAAAGUGGCUUAUUUCUUUACCUCAGACAAGGUCGUGAAUGCUAAUGCAUUGUGUGUGUGUGUGUGUGUGUGUGUGUGUGUGUGUGUGUGUGUGUGUGUGUGUGUGUGUGUGUGUGUGUGUGUGUGUGUGUGUGUAUGUGUGCCUUUAAGUGUGGGAUGGUAGAGCAUUUUCUUUCAAGCAAUAAUUUUCCCCACACAAAACCUAUAUAUUGACCUUACAACAUCUCUUUCUUUUUUUUUAUCCGGGUCCUUUUGUACAAGUGCAACCUUGUUUAUCCAUCCCUGGGUGGAAUAAUGGCUGUUCAGGAAAAUUUAACAUUUGUAACCAAAAGAUGAUCGCUUUACUUAUGUUUCUGAAAGAAAAGAAAAAAACAAUCAACAAUUACACACUACUGAAAAGCGAUAUUUUGACAUUAUCACUUUCAUUCUUAAUGCUGAGACAUUUGGACGAAUAAGGUUCUACCCUAAUGCGUUCUAAUUUUCUACUAUCAGCAUCACAUAUAAUGGUUGUUCUUUAUUGAUUUAGGACGGUGUGGAGCUAAAGGGAGCAGAGAGAAUGAUCUUCAAUAAUUAACAAUAACUUUAUUUGCAGUAGCACUUUUCUGUAGAUAAAGACUUUGUGAUAUAUUUUAUUUUCCAAAGAUAUAUUAAGCAAUGAAAUGAUUUUACAAUAAUUUAUUAAAGUUGUUUAUUUUUAGAUAUUCAAAAUGUCAUGUUCUCUUCACUUUCUGUAUAUACUGUAAUGAGCAAAGGGAGCUGAGGGAGAGGCUGAAGAAUGCAGCACGUAAAUAAUGGUUUGAUGAAUGAACUCUAUAAAAUACCACCACAGGUUGAUCUUACAUGGAGAGACAGGCAGACCGCAGGAGCUUGUCUAUUAAACUGAUCGUCACAUCAUUUUAUUGUUGAUGGAGGAGCUGGAGAAUCCUGGAACUGAUCAUAAAACAAUUAUUGACUGAUUUUUAACAUUUUAAUAAACUAAAUUGAUUAUUAACAGUUGCAUAAGUAGUAAAGAAUUAUCAUAGACUGUUAGUUACACAGCAAUUUCUAUCAAAGGGUUGCUUUCACUCGUCAUUCAAGGUCAAGUGAGGUUGUUCACUUUUAACAGUGUGUUUUAUUGCUAAUGAAUUCCACUAUUUCUCAAUUUAUAACAAACAUAAUUUGUUUUUCUUAUAGAGAUUACAUAGUUUCCUUUUAAAUAACUUGAAACUAAAAGAAAAUCCCCUUAAAAUCAAACUUUCAAGUAAAUUUUCAGUAAUUCAAAAAAGUAAUCUAUUAAAAAUGGAUCCUAUCAAAGGGGGCGCUGGCCCCAGCUGUAAACUGUGGCCCCUUUAUGGCCCCUGAUUAAGAAAAAUCCUAUCCACCACUGCUAUCAAUAUUAACACGUUUCAAAUCUAUAAUGUCCUUGUUGUACUGUCUAAUGAGAUAUCAAUUAGUGAAUCGUUAUAUAUACAGUGUAAUCAUUCUCAAGGCUUCCAAAUAUAGUCCCCAUCAUUUCCAUUCAAGUGACUUUAAAGCAACGUGCACAAGUACAGCAAACCAUCACUGUAACCUCAUAUGCAGAACAACCUACACCAAGACAUGAAUGAAAGUUUCAUACAGUGUGUUUGCUGUCACACAUGUGCUUUGACUCUGACAGAGUUUUGAAUGUGAAUGCUCAUCAUGUGUCUGAGGACCCAUCAACAGCAUGACUAAAUAUUAUCCAUUGUGUAAAUAUACAUACAAAGCCUAAAAUACUGCAAAUACUGUAAAUUGAGGAAUAAACUGAAAUCAACGACAAUGGAGUUGACCAAAUUGUAAAAAAAACAAAACACUUUUGAACAUCUCGUGUCAAUGACCAUGAAUGUGCUGUAACAGAAUACAUCAUUUAUUUAGUGAUUGUUAAAAUAAUGAGCAACAUGUGUCUUAACGUUGUGUUUCAACUCAUUAAUGUAUACGUGAAUGUAUGAUAAACAUAAAGUAAAAUGCCUUCAGUCUCUACACGUGACCACAAGCAGUCAUACAUUUAGACGUAUGUGUGUAUAAAUAUAUGUGCUGUACAUGUGUGCCUGUCACAGAACGCAUAACCAUUUCCUGUAGUGCUGAUCAUUUUGACCUUUGACCUUACAUCUGACCAAAAACAGACAUUUUAAACGUCAGUAAUGAGGCACAGGCUGUCGGGGAAAAAAACGUUGAAUACUUACUGUGUCUCAUUUUGGACAAAUGUCUUUGUUACAUAAAAUUAAGCAAGAGGCCUGUGUUGCAAAUGUCCUCCUCACCUGCCUACUUCAUUUUUAUGUGUUGAUAUAAGUGAUAACUGUGCACUGUGUGAGGCUGUGUCCCAACGAACUAAAACCUGUAUCUGUGCACGGUCAAAGAGAGAGAGAAAGAGAGCGCAGAUGUUAUUUCAGGGAGAAGAAGAACAUCUGGACUGCUGUAAACCGAUUCCUAUAGUCUUGGAGCCAUAGCAAGAGCAAAGCCUUGUGCGUUCAACCACUGAACGAUCAGACCAGCUCAAAAGAAUUAUACAUGUUUUAUAUGUAUGUGAAAUUUAAGUUUUGAUUAAUGGAAAAUAAAUAACUAUACUGUUUCAAUGAAAA